AUGCCCCUCAACAAUGCUAUCUACCGCAUGCCUCUCGGCUACGGUCCCUUCCCCGGCCCCCGUGAUGGUAAUAAUACAUCGCCUGCAUCCAUUUCCUUCACGCGACUAGAGAAUCUGCCCUGGCUAGCUGGACGUGACUACAACCAUUGUAGAAUGUACAUUCACAACAUCACAUGUCACGGUCGGGACGAGUCUGUGCGUGAGAAAUACCUCAGUGUGUUAUUCGAGGACCGCGCAGAUCCUAUCACCAGUGGCCGGGAAGAGUUGGGCUACGCCAAGGUGUAUAUCUCUUUAGAAGAGGAAGAGGAAGAAGUAGGAGAAGAUUAUGCGAAGAAUUGGGCGGUCAGGAUGAGUUGGGAAGGCACGGUGUUCGGCCACAUGCGACUGGAUGGCCUGAUGGAGGUAGAGUCGUCUGGUGAAAUAGGAAGUAAAGCGGCAGCGGCAGCAGGCGAUGAAAAGGCUUUCAAGGCACAAAAUCUCCUGAAUUACAAAUAUAUUUCACGCACUGGGAGUCCUGGUGUUUAG